AUGGUUAACAUCGAACUAGCCACUUAUCAGCAAAGGAGGAUUUUUGCAAAUACAUUAUCACCGAGGAGUGAGGAUACAGACAAACCAAUGCCAACAUGGAAACCAUCUUCAAAACCCUCCGAGGCUAUGCAAGGACAAAAGAUUUCCCUCAUCCGAGUAAGGACCGAGAAUGAACAAGGAGAUAGUGUGAGGUAUAAUCAGGCUGUUAAGUUCAUUAGAGAAACAGAAUUCCCAGAAUAUAAUUGUCGGAUAAUUCACAAUACUAACAAUGAAAUUGAAAUAAUCACCAGGAAUUAUUUUGGCAAAAAGGCUAGUUUAGAACAGCAACAACAAGGCAUUAUUAGGAAAAUUAAAAGAAAGUUAGGGGAAAUCAUAAGAGAAUUGGGAGAAGAAAGAUCGGAGGAGAUUAAAGAAAUAAAGGAAUUAGGUAGAUCUAACAAUAUUCAAAGCUUUUUAGAAAGUGAAUACCGGGAACUUUACGAAGAAGAAGCCGAAGAAUUGGAAAGACUAGAAAGAGAAAAAGCAAAUUUAGGAGAAAACGAACAAGGAGUUUCUUAUGAUUUUGCUCGCCCUGAUUUAGCCAUUUUAUGA